AAGUGAAUGUAUCUUCGGCAAUAUUAUAUGGAAGCCACGAGAAUGGUCCAAUGACCACCAAAUUGAUCCCUUUUGCUCACCAAUUAUAUGAUGUGAUAUGAAAGUUCCUGCCACAGGAUGCGAUUUUGUUCGUGGAACUCACCCAUUUUCGCGCAGUUACUCCCUUAAAAUACAAAUUUAUUGAGAGACCGAUUGCCUUUUGUUCUGCAAAUUCACGUGGAAAUUUUGUGCAGUGACCCACGCAAAAUGAUGGGUCAGAGAAAAUUUCAAUUUUCCCAGAACUGACAAUGCAUUUUCCCCGCAAUAGAGUAAAUCAAAAUGCCAAAAAGGAGUCACAGUGAGUAAGAAUAACAAAUUCAUUGCAUAAUUUUAUCUAAUUUGCAGUGAAUUAAAGCUAAAUUUACCUUUAUCGCAAAGGAGUUUAAUCAAUGAUAUAUGGAAAAAAAUUCAAAGGAUAAAAUCGCCAGAGAAAUUUUCUAUUUUCCACUGAAAUAAUCUGUGAAGGGAUAACAAAGAUUGACCUAAAAAUGCAAAAUAUGACGUCACUCUUUAUAAUGUAAAGGAAGAUCGUGAUGACUCAGAUAGUGAUAAUGAAGAUUUUCCAAGGCAUAGGGUGAGAAGAGAUGUUGUUCGCCCACGAAUGAAUAGACCUCUGUGCAUGAGAACAAGAAUGAUGGAAUUUCUGCCAAAUGAACCAGCUAUGCGGGAAACUCUGCCACUUAGCCCCGAUGAGCUUUUGCAUCCAGUUGUCCAACCUUGGGAGUACUCCGUGAUCUAUCCGCACAUACGCAGAUUGCCCCCUGGACGGCCGUACACCUUGUCGACGUACAACGAAUAUGGAGCAAUUCAGGGGGUUAUCUUCCUGAAGCCAGUCGUCCCCUUUGCCAGGCAUGUGUGUGGGUACUUCUAUCACUACGCACCGAGGCGAGAGGCACACAGAGUUCGUCCUGGUUCCAUUCUAAUCGAGAGAUCCUUCUGUAGACCACUCGAAAUUAAUCGAACAAUAAUUUACGUUGGCAUCCGUCGCUACUCACCAAUUUCCUGCGAUCCAGACAAUUUGCCGACAAUUCUUUUAAAAAUUGUGCGUGUGUAGCAUUUACAAGAUUUAUUUGCAAUAAAGUGUAAAUUAAAAUUUUCUAAGUGAUCCAAACUUUAGAUUUUCAAAAACUCUUUUUUGUUUAAUUCUGUUGAUUCGCUCCGUUUUUUCCUAACAAAAUUAGGAGUUAAUUGACUAUUUAUCAAAGCUGUUGUGUUGCAAUUAUUGGGGUAAAUUGAAGCAAA